GCCGUCACCGUCAGUCGUUUGCGCGCGUCGCUUGUGUUAACUCGUUUAUGCUUGCCAUCUCUAUAUCGCGCGCUGUGUUUACAAUACUGUGUUGUUGUUUCUAGCGAAAUAUUUACGCGUGUGUUGUGCAUGUGACAAAGUGAAGUACCUUUUGUAGUUUUUAAUUAUUCCGACUGUUUAUAAGAGAUAGUGUUUCGCGUGAGGCAGAUAAACACGGCAGACACCGAGCUCAGAUCAGGACAUGUGUUUGUGUGUGGUGUGAUGCGGCGCCCGUGCUGGGUCGCGUGGCCGGUGGUGGCGUGGGCGCUACUGCUGGCCUCCGACCAAUCCGCAGCCGACACUAUAGCCCCCGGCAUAUGUCCAUCGAUAGACAUCAGGAAUCACCCCGAGCAGAUGUCGAAGUUGCGCGAUUGUCGGGUUAUAGAGGGCUAUCUGAACAUCGUGCUUAUGGAACGAGCCACUGAAGCCUCCUUCGUAAACGUCAGCUUUCCUCUGCUGAGAGAGGUCACCGGCUACAUACUGAUAUACAGACUGAAGGGCGUACGUAAUUUGGGUGAUUUGUUCCCAAAUUUAACAGUGAUACGUGGAAUGCAGCUGUUCAAGGAUUUCGCUCUUGUUAUUUUUGAUAAUGAAGGACUAGAGUCCCUGGGCCUGCACUCUCUGUCUCGUAUCGAGAGCGGCGCCGUCCGUAUACAGAACAACGACCACCUGUGUUACGCGAACACCAUCGACUGGUCCAGGAUAAACGCCGAAGGACCACAGAAUAACAUCAUAAGAUCAAACUACGACACGCGUCUCUGCGGGCUGUGUCCUAACGCGCAAAGUCGUAUGGAUGACCAUAGACAGCACCGUCUGCAAUGCCCGUCCGAUUUUACGGGCCGCCUGCUCUGCUGGGACGAAAAACACUGCCAGAAACGAGAUUGUCCGUCUAAAUGCGGCAAGCGAGCGUGCAUGGACACCGGCGAGUGCUGUCACGCGAGCUGUCUCGGCGGGUGCAGCGGGCCCUUCGCCAGCGACUGCUACGCUUGCACCAACUUCUCGUUGGACUACGGCAAGAACAGGACGUGUAUGGAGCGCUGUCCGGCCAACACUUACGAGCUCCACCGUCGCUGUGUGACGGAGCAGGAGUGUCGCUCGACUCCCCCGCCUCUGUCGGGUGGUCGGCAACAGAUCAACGCCUACAAGAUACUGAGAGGUCGCUCCUGUGUUUACUCGUGCCCCGCCGGCUACAUGGAGGUGGGUACCAGGAAUAACUCCACUUGCGAGCCCUGCCCCGCGUCAGGGUGUGUGCGGGAGUGUCCCGGGGGCAAGGUGGACUCGGUCGCCUCCGCCGAGGACUUCAGAGGCUGCACUCACAUCAAGGGCACUUUGGACAUCUCCGUGAGAGCCAGAGGAGGAAACACGGUCGCCGUGCUGGAGUCCACCCUGGGCGAGAUCCGUGUGAUAGAGGGCGCGCUGCGUGUGGUCCGCGCCGUGCCCGUGGUGUCGCUCAUGUUCCUGAGGAGUCUGCAGCGGAUCGGCGGGAAGAACGCCGACAAAGGCCAGAGUCUGUACAUCUUCAACAACCCAAACCUGGAGAUGCUGUGGAACUGGUCGACUCAUAAGUCCAUAGAGAUAUCCGAGGGCAGGCUGUUCAUACAUUUCAAUCCCAAGCUGUGCUACAGCCAGCUGCUGCCCCUGAAGAAUAUGACGAAGAUACCCGUGAAGACUUUCAGUGAGAACGAAGUGUCCCAGGACAACAACGGAGACCAGGCUUCUUGUUUCCAGGACACGUUGCACCUGAAGGUCAGCGAGCUGUUCCCUAAGGUGGUGAUUCUUAAGUGGGACACCUACUGUCUAGAGGACUCUCGGAAACUGCUGGGCUACUCCAUCUACUACGUGGCCGCAGAACAUAACGUGACGCUAUACGGCCAGAGGGACGCCUGCUCUGACAAUUGGAAUGUUCUGGACGUAACGAUCGACGAAGCGAGAAACAACACGAAAGAGGAACCCAAGAACAAGAAGGCCUUGUUACAGAGUCCCUGCAACACUCCCAACCAGCCGCUGUUUUACCCUCUGUCUCAGUUGACGCCCUACACUCGGUACGCCGCGUACGUCAAGACCUACACCACCUUGCAGGACAGGAAGGGCGCCCAGAGCCCCAUCAUAUACUUCCAGACACUGCCGGGACCCCCCAGCCCUCCCCUCGGACUUACAGUGGAGUCUCUCAAGGACCAUUCUGCGACCAUCAAAUGGCAGCCGCCGUCUAUGUCCAACGGCACCAUCAUCCUGUACUACGUAGAAAUCCAGGCGAACAACUAUAACCGGCCCAAGAUCUUGGCUCUCAACGUCAACUACUGCGGCAAUCCUAGCGCGCUCGUGAACAUGAUCGCGAUGAGGGGCGAGGAGGGACCUGACAAGGAGAAGAAGGAAAGGAAGGGGGAAGGGGCGGCGGGGGGCGAGGGAGUCGCGGGGGGCACCGGCGAGGUAGGGGGGGAAUGCGCCUGCCGGGACGACGCCAGGCCCACGAGGUUCUCCUCCGUGGCAGAACAGGAACGGGUCGAGAGCAUCAACUUCGAGAACGAGCUGCAGAACCUGGUGUACGUGAAGGUCCGCCAGAGCGCUCCGUCCAACGAGUCGUCUUCCAGCCGCAUCCGGCGCUCGGUGACGGCGGCCGUCAACAGCAUGCUGGUCAUAUUGACGGACCCUCACUCUCCACACAUGGGGAGGAACAACACCAACGACACGGACGGCAAGUACGUCAAGUCCCUGUACUACGACCUGGAGGGCAGCGCCCGCUCCCUGACGGUGGAGAACCUGCGUCACUUUACGUGGUACACGGUGAACGUGUGGGCGUGUCGCGAGAGAGACGCCAACGAGACCUACGAGGCCUACGAGAGGUCCUGGUGCUCCGAACGAGCGCACUACACCUUCCGCACGCUCGAAAGAUCGAACGCGGACGUGGUGAGAAGCCUGCAGGCGGAGGUGCUGCCGUCGAACAAGACCCUGCCGGAAGUGAACGUGACGUGGGUCCCGCCGGAGGACCCGAACGGAUUCGUGGUCGCUUAUAACGUGUACCACUCGCGGGUCGAGAAUAACAAUCAGGAGAUGGGUCUGGGCAGUUGUAUCACAGCGGAGGACUACGAGGCCAACGGUCGCGGUGUGCUGGUCCGCAACCUCGCCCCCGGGAACUACUCGCUGCGGGUGACGCCGCUCACCCUCGCCGGCUCCGGGAACGUCUCCACCGACCUCUACGUCUUCAUACCGGAGCGCGCGGUGGAGCAGAGCUACGAGUGGGUGUGGGGCGUGGUGGUGGCGUGCGGCGUGCUGGUGUCGGUGGUGGUGGUGGGCGUGUGGUACGCGCGCCGCACGCUGCAGCCCGCCGAGACCAACAAACUGUUCGCGAGCGUCAACCCGGAGUACGUGUCCACGGUGUACGUGCCCGACGAGUGGGAGGUGCCGCGCGGGAACAUCGAGUUCGUGAGGGAACUCGGACAAGGGUCCUUCGGCAUGGUGUACGAGGGAAUAGUGAAGAAUAUAGAGAAAGGAAAACCGGAGACGAGGUGUGCCGUGAAGACCGUCAACGAGCACGCGACCGACCGUGAGCGCAUCGAGUUCCUGAACGAGGCCUCCGUGAUGAAGGCCUUCGACACGUUCCACGUCGUCCGUCUGCUGGGCGUGGUUUCCAGGGGUCAGCCCACGCUGGUCGUCAUGGAGCUCAUGGAGCACGGGGACCUCAAGAGCUACCUGCGCUCACAUCGACCAGACGCUGACUCCUCGCUGCCCAAGAAGGGCGCCAACAUGCAGCCGCCAACGCUGCAGAAUAUACUCCAGAUGGCUAUUGAAAUAGCGGACGGUAUGGCGUACUUGUCGGCCAAGAAAUUCGUCCACCGCGAUCUGGCGGCUCGGAACUGUAUGGUGGCGGGAGACCUCACCGUCAAGGUCGGGGACUUCGGCAUGACCAGGGACAUAUAUGAGACUGAUUACUAUAGGAAGGGCACCAAGGGACUGCUGCCCGUGCGCUGGAUGAGCCCCGAGAGUUUGAAGGACGGGGUAUUUUCAAGUAACAGUGAUGUGUGGAGUUACGGAGUGGUGUUAUGGGAGAUGGCCACGCUCGCUAUGCAGCCGUAUCAGGGUCUGUCCAACGAGCAGGUGGUGCGGUACGUGGUUGAGGGCGGAGUGAUGGAGCGGCCCGAGCACUGCCCCGACCGCCUGUACGAGCUCAUGAGGGCGUGCUGGGCUCACAGGGCGCCGGCUCGCCCCUCCUUCCUGCGCCUCGUGGCGGACCUCGCGCCCGCAGCGCAGCCCUACUUCAGACACCGAUCAUUCUUCCACACCCCCCAGGGACAGGAGAUGUACGCGCUGCAGAGGACCGCCCUAGACGAGGAGGCGGAGAUGCAGGAAGUGAACGUGGGCGCUGUGGCUACGGGCUCCGGGUCCAACCUGUUCGGCGUGUCGGGGCGGCUGGCCUCAUGGGUCAGGGAACUAUCGUCGCUGAGAUCCCGGGGCUCCGACGAUGCCGCCGCCGAGCCGCUCCAGCCCGCCGACGACGUGCACACACCUCGGGCUAUCCCGCUGAGGCCGGCACGCGCUCUACUCGCGCCGACGCUCAACGGCGCCCUGAGGGACACACCGGCGUGCUAGCGGUUCAAAUCCCCACCCCGCGUGCCCUCCCCUCCCCCGUCCCCUCCCCCGCCACACCGUUAUCUACCUCAGGCCGGCCGCGUGCGCCGGCUGUUCGAAUCCUAGGUGUAAGCGUAGGUAGUGGUCGCCGCCCGGAGCGUCUUCGGUUCAUAUCAGUCCCGGGACGGAUCCUAUAUAGUUUACCUCAGUAAUAUAGUUGUAUCGAUGUCAUUUAUGACGCAGCCUAUUAUCGUUAAGUUUACCGUGUAAGCUGUAAAGUGUGUAUAGCUAAUGUUAGAUUAGGCGAGAUCGUGUACAAAUAGUUUUAAUUCGUUUCUUUAAGUUUGACCGUUUCAGAGCGAGACAAACGUCCGAGCGGGCGUCGAAUGUGCGCUUGUCCGAGCCCUUGUUAAUGUUGCGAGCGUUUUUUUUGAAACCGCGGCGCUCGACCACGCGCAGAUUCGCGGCUCGCGUCGUGCGACGCAACACUAUUAUACUGUAACGCCGCGCCGAGCGGUUGAUAAUACUCAUAGUCGGACCAGCGGAACGUUCCGUUUGACGUUUUAUAUAUUGUAAUGAGGGAAUAAUUUCAUCCGUCGGAUUCGAUAACCAAAGACUUGUGUGGAAUCAGAACGCUGGAGUUGAGACGCUGUAGUUAUAUUGUGAUGAUGCGUGUGUUCCGACGACUAGCGACCAACGGACCGAGUGUACAGGACGGAACUGAAAGCGAUGUGUUCCAUAUCAAUUACAAUACAAUAGAUAAAUAAAUGAUUAAUCUGCCAUUCUUGUUAUAGACUAUUAUAUAUAUAUAUAUCAUAAUUUUACAAUUAUUGCCUAGUGUGAAUUAUCUUUACUCUACCUAGCCAAAGUCGAGCUGAUUCGCAAGACGUUUACACAUAUACAUACGUAUAGCGAGCGACCAGUGGACUCGCGAAUAGUAGCCAGCGAUGAACACUUACGGUGAUUAAUGCAUUAAACAACGUGGCCGCCGUUCGGACCUGUCGACAUAGCAGAAUUUCUUAAAAAAAUAUUUAUAAUAAUAAUAGUGAUAAUAUUAAAACGAUUUGUAUAGAUGCAAUGCAAUGUAUUCAGACUAUAAUGAAAGUGUAGAUAAAGAUUGUAAUGACAACGUGCGUUACGUUACUAACGACACGCCAGGCGCCUCGCGUCACGGGCGUGCGUCAAGCUAGGCUAGGUUCCCGGAGCGACGUCCGACGUCCUGGCCACGGCUCGUGUCAUCAAUAACUUUACGGUUUAAGGGUAUUAACGAGUGCCUUCAGAAAUCCAGCCUUCAGAGGAACGCGGGAUUGUUGAUUGAUUGAGGAACGUGACACGAUUGCACCUUAUUAUUAUUUUUUUAUUACAAUUUCAUGAUUUUGUAAAGUUGACGGUUCCGACGCGAUGGUCUCGGCGAGGACGGCUUAAGGGAUGUCUAGUUUUUAUUAUGUGGUAGAUCCUAGUGUCGCCGGACGCCGCUAGUUAUAAAUAGAGUGUCGGGAGACGAUCCGUCAUAUUGUAAUAAUAAAAAAAUAUAUACUUAAAAUCGUAUGUUAUCAAUUAAAGUUUGGAUAAAAUGUUGUAAAUCGUAACGAGCUCAAGGCACAGCGCGUUAACUGAAUCUUCAUCAGUGUUUUUCGAUCUUGAAUAUAUUCCAAAGUUUAAAUCCAAAUAUAUUUUUUAACUACAAAUCGCUUCGUGCCUUUUGCUUUGUAGAGGCAUGCGACGCUGGAGAGCGGUCGGUAGAUGUCGCCGUUGAUUAGCGGAUGUAACGGGCCGGGCGUGACACACGCGGCGUGCGUCGUGUCCGGCGGUCGGAACCGGAAGUCGCCCGACUAACACAACGUUGCCUCACACGGCGUUACCUGCGGGCUUUGCUGGUUUCCUAUAUUUCGCUUUUUUUCCAUCAGUAUUUAUGUGAUUGUGAUUUCCACCUCAUACGGCACCUUACCUCAUUUAGUGAUUACGUUGUCGUAACUUGUUGACUGAUAUAUAUAAUUUCCAUUGGAUGUGUUUCUCGUGUGACUUGUGUGCGUGUGAUGUGUUGUAGUGUCGGGGUAGCGUUGUGCUAUAUGCUCAAUUUAGAUACAAAUUCACCAAACGAUUGAGAUAGUACAUAGUCUUUAAUUUAAUGAAAACCGAGUACCUAUUAAUAAUAAUUUUAAUAUUUAUAUUAAUGAAAGUUACAGAACUAGCGAUAAUAGUUUUGAAUAUCGAUGUAUCCUAAAACGACCCUUGUUUAAAUAUUAUAUUUUAUACCAAGUUAAUAAAAACAAGGUCUAUAACGUUCUUAAAAUAAAAUUGAUUUUUUAAUUUAA